AUGUUCCAAAAACCUCUCCCCAAACCCCCCAAAGACGUCAGCGUCACGGUCAAAACUCUCAAUACCUUUGACGCAGGAAAGCACAGCAGAAAGCCAAAGCCAAAGUCCUGGCGACCGAUCACCCUCCGAGCACCGUUUCUGGGCUCCCUCAUCCUCGCGACCGCGGGGCUGGUCUUCGUCGUCCAGUGGCUUCUUGUCGUCAGCCAGAGGGACCAGGGCAUCAUCUUCGCGGAGGAUAUCAACGACCUCCCUCUAAGCAGGUCGUUCAGUUAUCUCUACCUGCCGACUGUUGUAUCGGUCAUUUACAGCUUUCUGUGGACUUGGGUGGAUCUGGAUGUUAAGCGGCUGGAGCCGUAUUUUCAGCUUUCAAAGCACAAAGCUGCCGCUGGAGCAGAUUCCAUUCUACUGAGCUAUCCCUUGGAGUUUCUGGUUACCAUCCCGCUUAACGCUUUUAAGAGGAAACACUGGUCUGUACUCACUGCAUCAUUGAUCACAAUUCUCGUGUUCUGGGGCUUGACGCCAACUCAAGCCGGUAUAUUCGCCGUCCGAACAGUGAAAAUUGACACACGGGCGAAUGCGACUUACUCCACCGAUUACACGCCAAUCUCGAAGCAAGGCAAUCUUACUUCGAUUUACGCACAGUCAGUCUACAAUAUUGCAUGGCUCGACGAGACAUUGCCACCAUUUAUGACCAGGAGUUAUGCUCUAAGUCCUUUUGGACCCUCAAUGGCUACGACUGCUAAUCAAACUGCGUCCAAUUUCACCGGCUUAACGACUCUCUACAGCAUUGACGUAUUGUGCGAGGAGGCCACACUGUGGAACCGAUCUGGAACUUGGCGAUAUAACAGUUCUACUGGCUGCAGCUUCACUGGUCCCCGGUAUCGGCCGAACGGCGGUACAGAUCUGUCUAAGCCAUUCGACACCAUCUACGUCGGAUAUCAGAACGAAGAUGGUUUCGCGGAUUACGAUCUGUCGUCUGACUGUGGUCCCGAAUUCUUCCAUUUGUUCUUCGUUCGCUGGUCAAAAAGUACACCCUUAGCAAUAAAAUCAGCGCAAGAGCCUGGAGAUCUCGAUCCUAGCCAGGCAAACGAAACCGCAUUGUUCUGCCAUGCGAACUACUUCCAGCAAAGAGUAAACGCGACAAUCACCCUGCCGUCCAAUUCCGUAAUUCAAGCUCAGCCCGUUGGAUCGAAGUCUGCUUUACCCCCGGACCUAUUCAACGUCAGCACAUUCGAAUGGUCGAUGAACUCUGGAGAAGAGCCUGUGGCAUCACGAGGCGACUACCCGACUACCAGCUUCCCGGACCAGAAGACAGAACUUACCGAUCUCCCAGUGAACUUGGCGUACAUACCGAAGAUGGCACCAUUUGCCAUCGCGACCGAUCCGCAGGAGGCAGAAGCCUACUUGGAUGCCGAGACUCUCCGCUUGUCGUAUCAAUCGGCGUAUAGGCUUUUAUUUGCGCGACAGUUGGUUGACAUUCUUGGGCGUGGACAGAAUGGGAAAACAGAUGAAAUUGGUCAUCGUGCUUACACUACCCAGGCAGUCAUUAUCGUUCCAGCAUUCGCGUACGCCGUGACCAUACUGCUUGCCUGCAUUGGAACUCUUGCGACCAUACUUCUUAUUCUCAGCUCCAGGAGACCCAAUCAGCUUGCGAAGGACCCUGCUACGAUUGGCGAACUGAUGGAACUGGUGGCGGAGGACUCAAGCUCUACAGCAACGUUCAGCCGGGUCCGCAAUGACAACUCUUGCGAGCUGGCCUCCAAGCUCAGUAGAGCAACUUUUCGAAUUCAUCCCUCCCAGAUCGGCUCAAGCAACGCCAAAGUGUCGUUAAGUUGCGUGAGCCAGGACACUGGUGAUGAAUGUCAUGUCGACAUUGCGGACGACAUGUCUAGCUCAACCGCAGAGAGCAGCUGCGAAGACCGGCGAUUCACGUCUGGCAACGUUCGACCAACCGAGAUGAAACUCAGCGUUGGAUGGCUAUUCCUCGCAAUCCAGAUAGCAGCAUUCGCAGCAUUUCUCGCGCUCUUCAUUCAAGCCAACACGCAUGGAGGUAUGUAUGUUGCCGUCGUUCUGAUACUUACAUCUCUGCUCACCCCUGUUAGGUCUACCGCUACCAUCCUCGUCGACUAUGACUCGACAAGUUGUCGAGAAUUACAUUCCCAUUGCUCUUGCUACGUUUCUUGAACCCUUUUGGCUGGUUCUCAACCGGCUAUUGGGACUUCUACAACCUUUUGAAGAAUUACGAAAAGGCAACGCCUCCGCCUCAAACUCGAUUGAGCUCGACUACAGCUCUCUACCACCACAACUUCUCUUGGCACGAGCUUUACGCGCUGGUCACUACGUCUUGGGGCUCCUGUGCUCCAUGGCUCUCCUAGCAAAUGCUCUAUCGGUCGCACUAGGCGGGAUCAUGUACGAAGGUACAAUGUCAAUGACGCACACGGAUAUUUUCAUCUGUCACAAAGACGCUCGCAUUCGAGCCCUGAACGGGACUGGACUACCUUUCAAUACAAAUCAGACCGCCAAUUCACAAGGUGGAACAACCUCGGCGCCUUUUUAUCGAGAAAUGUCGAACUUGACUGCCGGAACACCGCUCCCUCCGUGGGCCGAUGUUCAAUAUGCAUAUGUCCCUAUUGACAUUAGCUCCGCAAACGACACUGCCAGCCUCCGACUCACGACACAGGCAUUUGGAGCCUCCCUAGAUUGUCAGGCCGUACAAACCACCGGCGAUGAUAGAUACACCAUGAGCUUCGACCCCGAUGCGGCCGUCAUCUAUCUCUCUUUGACCGUGAAGAACUCAGAGGGACAAGAGAUCGACUGUACAAACUCCAAGCCCUGGACAAGAUCAUACUCCACAGCUCAGACCUCGCUCGAUUAUGUCCGCGACUCUCAAUCGGGACACGUGGCGCUGGAACUCAACGGUAUGCUCGCGAGCAACACCUCUCGGGAGAACAAUUUGUUCUGCAGACAGCAUUUCCUCUCCGGCUGGAUACGCGCCGAUUGGAAAGCGAUCGGAGGCAAAAACGCCAGUAUCUCAGACCGAGGCCUCCCGAACAUGAGCCUCCAAUCCGUAAACGCCACCCUGCUCCUCUGCAAACCCCUGAUCCACAUCGGUCCCGCGGAGAUCGUCGUCGAUUCCACCGGUCGCGUGCAACGCCUCCUCUCGGCAAACACGACCUCCUCCUCCUCUCCCUCCUCUCUCGACCAGUACUUCACCAGCACACCCCAAGACCUCAUCGCCCAAGCAAACCAAUUCCUCAUCGACAGCGACGCCACCUGGCACAACGAUGCCUUCCCCUCCGACUACAUCAACUACCUCAUGCGGGAAAUCCAACCCGACACGUCCCUCCUCGACCCCUCCUCGCCAGUACCCCCGGCGAACAGAACCGCAGCUUCCUUAUCGGAAAUCUACGCGCGCCUCUUCGCGAUCCUCCUCAGCACCAACGCCGACCAGCUCCUCGUCGACACACCACAGGACAAGAAGACAACAGUACAGAUCACGAACCCGGAAACCCGCAUUUUGAUCUCGACGCCCGCGUUUCUCGUCACGGAGCUCAUCCUGCUGGCCUACAUCGCCACCACGAUUCUCUUCUACAAGCGACGCCCUUGGCGGAUUCUGCCGAGGUUGCCGUCGACUGUGGCCUCCAACAUUGCCUUCUUCGCCGGGAGUCGGGCGUUGCAGGAACAACAAACUGGGAUGCGGAGAGAGGAGAGAAAGAGAACGAGGGAGUCGUGGCGAUGGGGGUACGGGAAGUUUGUGGAUGUGACAGGCAAGGAAGGGAUUGGGAUCGAGAGGGAGCCGUUUGUCGGCGUUGUUUCUGCUUUGCAGAAGAAAAAUGUAGAGACGAGGAUGAGGGGUCAGAAUGGACAAUGA